AUGAGCUCGUUCGAGGGUGCAACGGUGAAGUUGACGCUGCGCAGCGGCGAGUUUUAUAUCGGUCGCAUUUUGCGUGUUGAUUCGACCACAGCGACAUUGCAUGUAGAGCGCGCAGACACGCACCAGGUUACUUGCGUGCGGCGAGAAGAGCUGCAGGAUGUGAGCACCGUUGCGACGCCGGCCGCAAACGCGACGCCAACCGCAAACGCGCCCCCCGCCGCAAGCGCGACACUGGUAUCAAACGUGCAGCCGGCAGUAAACUCGAUUCCGCGUGCAGAGCCGCCGGAUUCGCCGUCGCAAACAGGCGCUGCAAAGAACAAAAAGCGUGGCGGCCGCAAAUCUAAAGGCUCAGGGACGGCGACGCCAGUCUCUGCACCGGCAAACCUAACGAUGAAAGAAUUUGACUAUACCAAGAGCACGCAGAGCUUUGACAAAAAAAAGACAUGGGAGGAGAUUCGUCAAAGCCAGAGCGGCACAUCGACGGACCAGUUGCUUGUAAUGCUGAAUCGCCGCCCAGCUUCCACGGAAACAAACCAGCCAAUGCUGGCACCGACCGAAAUGGUGCUGAGUGCAGAAGAGCGUACCUCGCCCGCUACACCGACAUCGACAGCAACAUCGAAAGCAACAGCGAUGCACGAUGCAACACAAAAAGAGCUUGUGCAUCUGCGCGAAGAGCACGCGCGGCUUAUGCUAGCGGUAGAAACGCACAAGCAGCGCGCAGCACUCGCCGAAGUGCUCACCGGCCUCCAGGUCGAUUCGCACACCGAGCCGGAUGUGUAUACCUGCACAAUUUACUCCGAUGCACGUCUUGCAGUAACCGAGUGGCGUGCACAACAAACGCAGGAGGCGCCGUCAGUGCCAGCGCAAAACGCACUGCAGUACGCGAUCCGUAUGCCGACAAGCGAGUCACUGCAAAAUGGCGGCCCUGCGAUGCUUACCUAUUUGGGGCCCAUCGCGUCGUCAGACCCUGCACUCUUGGCCAAACUGCCAGACCACUUCCGUCACGAGAUCAGUGUAAAGCUCGAGAACGCUGCCCUCUUCCAACAGCGGCUCGAUGCGCUCGUGCGCCAUGCAUAA